AUGGCGCUCGAAGAAGUAAUUGACACUCUGAAGCGCCUGCCAGAACAGCCGUCCCCGCACCCGGGCAACCCCGCAGCCUACUGGGAGGCGACGGCCCUGCGCCUGCAGCUGCUGCGGGCGCUCCUGCCGCUGGCGGGGCCGUUUGCCUUGGAAGAGGAGGACGAGGCAGCUGCCUCGGGCGCGGGCCGGAAGCGCGGCGACUACACCGCGGAACCCAGGCGGCAGCCCGUGGUGGGCAUUGUGGAGGUCUCACAGGACAGCGAUGACGAGGACGACAGCGGCUCGGCGCGGCCCGGCGCCGCGCGGCUCGCGGCCCUCAAGCAGCAGCAGCAAAGGCGGCGCCUCGCUGCAGCCGCGCUCGAGGUCGCGGCACUGUAUUCGGCCGGCGGGAGCGGCGGCGGCUUCGACGACGACGCUGUCAGCGACCCCGACCACGACCACGGCGGGGACCCGUGGCCUGCAGAGGCUGCGGCCAGAGACGCCUUUAGACCAGUUGGUGCGGCUGCGGCCGGGUGUGGGGACCAGGAGCUGGUCACAAGCGCGCCACUGCUGGCGCUGGCGCGCGAGACGUGGCUCGAGUCCCUCAGGCUCCCGACGCCCUGGGCGGACGCGGCGGCGGCGCGGCUGGCGGGGCAGCUGGUGGCCACGCUUGCGGGGCUGCUGGCGCAAAGCAGCGACGGCUCCGGCGGCGGCGGCAUAGGGGGCGGCGGCGGCGGCGGCAGCGGGGCGCGGCAGGAGGCGCCGCCAGAGGGGCGGGCGCUGCGCUCUGCGGUGGUGCAGUGGCUGCUGCCGGGGCUGCGGGAGCCGCUGUUUGCGCCGCACCGCCACACGCAGGCGCAGGAGAGGGGCUCUCCAGAUGCGUACUCGGGUCCGGGGCCCUUCCAGCGGUCCCUGGCCGCCCGCAAGCUCGCCUGGGCGGCGCAGCAGCUGCCGUGCCCCCUUCUCACCGCCCCCGCGGCGGCCGCGCUGCUGCCGCUGGCCCUCGCGGCAUCUGACGACGCGUCAGGCCCGGUGUCGCGCCUGGGGGCGGCCGCGCUGCACCGCUUGGCGGCCGCGGCGCCGCCGGGGGCGCUCGAAAUGCAGCGGGAGCUUUUGCUGGCACGCGCGCGGCGGCUGGUGGUGGGCUGCGAGGGCGGCGUGUGGGGCAGCGCGAUGCCCGCGGCGGUGGCUGUUGUGCUGGCGCUCGAGCCGCAGGACGACCCCCGCUCUGAGGCGCUGCACUCCCUGUUCAAGGAGCUGCUCACAGAGGCGGAGCGCGCCGCCCACAAACUCCCCCAGCGCCUGGUGUUCCUGGCCUGCGCUGCCCGCCUGCUGCCACGCCUGCGCCUGCAUGCCGCGCGCCACUUGCCGUGUGCGGCGCCGCUGCUGCUCGAGUGGAGCGUCACGCACGACGCAGGGUCGAGGGCGGCGGCGCUGGGCUGCUUGGAGGCGCUGCUGCUGUGCUGCUGGCCGCGCGCGGCGGCACACGGCGCCGUGGUUUGGCGGUAUCUGCUUGCGGCUGCGCGAGCUGUGGACUUGGAUGGGUUCUGCGGCGAUUGGGGGUCGUCGGCGGCAGCAGAGGGAGGGGGUGAGAAGGGCGGCGGCGGGCGUGCGGAGGGCGGCGACGGCGGCGCCGCGGCGGCUGCCGUGCUGUCGGCGGCGCGGCUGUUGCUGGCGAUCUGCGGGCCGCAGGACCUGGCAGCUGCUGGGGGAGCUGCGGCGGCACAGGGCAGCGCGGCUGACAAGGCGGGACCUUGCGCUUCUGCGCUACAUGCACUCCUGGCGCAGGCCUCGGUGUCAUGA